AUGGAGCUCCUAAAGGUGCAUUUUGCCAAAGCUAUUCAUAAUCCCUAAGCAACAACCAUUUAAAUUAUUAGUCAUUUAAUUUUUUUUUUUCAUUUCCUACUUUCUUUGUUGGCAAUUUAAUCUUUUGUUUCAAUUCUAUGACGAUUUUGCAAACACAUUUUCCCAAAUAGGGCUACAAUGGUGACAAGGAAAUCUUGGGCAAAUGUGAACAGGUAUGAGCUAUGUGCAAACCUGUUAUUAUGGAUCAUUUUUUUUUUCGGUGGAUUUUUUUUUUUUACUUACCACUGAAUGCCAAUGUUUCCAAGAUUAAAAAAUUUAAUUGCUUUCUUGACAACAUAUCUAUUUCAAUUGUCAUUUGGAGUGGUAGUGGAAUUUAAUGCUUUUAUUGUUCUAGAAAUUAAUAGAUUAAUUGUUGAUGAAUACUCGGACAAUGAUUUGAAGAUUGUAUUCUCACCAAGAAUGAGAAAAUUGGAAUAAGCUGACGUCAGUCAUAAGGUCUUCCCAAGCUUCUGACAGUUGGUAAGACCGUCUAUAUCAAAAGUGUGACGCACAGAAGAGAAGUUUCGUGGUUUCAGUUGGCAGGCAGCUAUUCAUGUUUUCCUCAGAAUAUGCUUAGCACAGGCCAGCGUUAACAAACAGAGCAUACUGGGAUAUUUCCACUUGAAUAAAAAAAUGCCGUUCCCUAAAAAGACAACGAGGACCUUAUUUAGAACCUAAUAAGUUUAGGCAUUUCAGCUCACGUUCUGCUCAACGUUUUCCUGCCUUAAGAUCUAUUUUCACCUGAGUAUGAAAGAAAGUGCAUUACUCCGAACAUUUUUCUUUUACAUUCUUCAGUCACUUCUUUCAAACCUGCCUGCCUACAUCUGAGAAAUCUUAAUGGCAACUUUUAUAGUGCUAAAUCACAUCGUAUUUGUCUUGUUUUGUACAAAUCAUAUAAUGAAAUGCCAAGCGUCAUUAUCUUGUUUCUCUUGCUUCUAUUUUGACACAAAUGAAAUGUCUUAAAAAAUCCUUAUUUUUUAUUUAAUUGACAAAGCCAGUCCUUAUCUCUAUGUUUUUACUCUGCUGCUACAUACUUGACUGAUCAUCUCUGAAAAUAAUUUAUGUUGCCGACUGUGCCUGUCUUAAAACCUUCUCAUCUAAGAAAGUGACAGAUCACUUGUUUUCUUCCACCUAGAUCUUCUUUAUAUUUAUUUGAAAAUUGUACCUAAUGUUUAUGCUUAAUAAAGGUUUUGGUCUUCUAUUUUUUACUUCGAGAGAAUUUCAGCAAAUUGAGGAUGUGUUUUUUAAAGUGCCUGUUGAUUCAGUAUGUAAAUUUUAUGGGAUGACAAUCAUUUGUGAUCUGGAGACGAUGGUUUGCCCUGCAUUUCAGUUCUUCUUGGAGUUGAUGAAGGUCCCACGCGUAGAAUCAAAGUUAAGGGUGUUUUCGUUCAAGAUUCAAUUUGGAUCCCAGGUAAUCCAUCUGAAUCAGUGCCAUUAUAAACUGUAUACAUAUAUUUGAUUUUUUCGCUGAAAAUGUCUUCAUGCAGAUAUCAGAUUUUACAAAGAGCUUAAAUACAAUCAACUCUGCAUGUGAGGAGGUAUUUAUUUACUUGGGGUCUCUUUUUAUCCACUCGCUUUGGUAUUUUUCUAAUCUCUUCAUAUUCUUUGUAUGGUGCUUUGCCAGGUACGAAAUUCUAUCAAGUUGAAAGAAAUAAUGAAGAAGAUUUUAUUUCUUGGGAACACUUUGAACCAGGGAACGGCAAGAGGUAAAAUAGGUUAUUUGACGAUAUUAGUAUUCUAUUCAUUUUAUUGUUCGUUUUGAUUGGGUUGAUGGAUGGAACAGAAAAAUAUCUCAAUCAAUUGUGUAAUUUUUCGUAUACUGGCGUAAAUGGUAUACCAUGUAAACUGUAUGAUUCCCUAUUUUCCUAAUUGCUGUCCUAUUGGGGAUAUAUAGAUAAACUAUCUCCAUGCACCUUUGAAUACCAAUGAUGGGGGUUCUUGUUCUUAAAGUCCAACCCCCCACCGUAAAACAACCCAAAAAGAAAUGAUAGAGAAAAAAAGCGAUGUUUUUCUCUCCUCUCUUCCUUUUUUUUAUUUCAUAGGCUUGAAGUCUCCUUGUUAAAGUUUGUUUAUCCAGUUGCUUAAACUGUAGGGUUGCAAACGUGUCCAACCUGUACAGUUUUGUCCCUUUUUAUUGGUGUCAGAAAUUCUAUAUUAAGGUGGUUAGGAAUUGAGAUUGAUUGAGAUGAUCCCAUUAAAUAGUAGGCGUCAGCCUAGAAAAACAUCUGAUAGCGUGGAACAGCUUUGUACACGGUCAUGACACAACAGGUGAUUGUCUUCACAUGUCUAUAUACAGUGAUUUGCUACAUCGUGUCUGGUAAAAUCCAAGUGAUAAAAGGGUUACCUGGGUGUAUGUAGGUGUGUGCAUGAGCGAGGGAAUUAUGCAUAUAAAAGCCCAAGUUACCCAAUCCCUUCAGUUUCAACAUUAAAUGAGGGGAGUGGUUUAUGUUAUCAAAGAUAAAGAGGCAGAAAACAGAACGUGGAGGAGAGGAUGAUCUUUCAUAACAUUUUGUGAGUAGAUUGUGCCCAUGGAAAUGGCACGAUGCACUCUAAUGUGUUGUACGAAUAAUGCUGAACUGUCAACCUUUUUGCGAGUUGCUCACUCUUGAUUGUCUUGGAUAAGUUUGCUCUGAUCAAUCAUACGUUUUUUCACUAACCAGAAAUUACUGAUCUGUACAGGUGCUGCUAUAGGAUUCCGCUUGGACAGCCUUCUGAAGCUGACAGAUACUCGUGCUACUAACAACAAAAUGACUCUCAUGCAUUACCUUUGCAAGGUACCGAAUGAAUUAGUCUAGUUUUUAUGUUAGUAAACAUAUUGAUUUGUGAAAGUUAUAAAUCGUUUUAUGAACAUUCUGGGACUAUGGAUUAUUUAAAUUGGAAGUAUAAAACCUUGCACCAUAUGAUUAUUCUCUUUUAGGGCAUUUUAGGCUUCGCAGAAACUGUGAAGAAAGCUUAAAAUGGAAUUUUUGACUGUUUAAUGUGCUAUAGUUUCUUUGUCUCUCUCUUCCUCUGUCAAAGUGUAGCUUCGACGAUUUUUAUUUCACACUUUCACUUUGACUCCCUGAUGUCAAUGUUUUCAUCGAUCAUUUUCCAUGUUUCUCUAUUAUGCUAUACCUACGUUUUCUUGUCACUUCUGUGGGCCUUUUAAUGGAAUUACCUGCAUAGAAAUAUUUUUGCAUUUACUAAAUCCAUUACAAUGAAAAUGAUAAUCCUAUUCUUUGUUGUACAUUUCUUUACGAUUUUUCAUAUUUCAACAAUUUUUUUGGAUUGAGUCUGGUGGUAGCUCUCUUCUAGAAGGGUGGUGGUAAGGAGAAAAGAAAGUUGCGGAGUUUCUGGAAGUCAUAGCUGGGAUUUGACAGUUGACCUUUAGAAGUUAUGAUCAUAUAAGUUAGUUCUUGAGGGUUAGCUAACUAUUAAAUCGGAGGUUAUGGUUGUCUAGUGGUGAUCUCUGGUUGUGGGGCAAAGGUUGGUUCAAUAGAGGUUGGUUGAAGAAAUGCUGGUUAAACGGAGUUUUUUUGACUGGGAGAAUCCGACUCUGAGAGUUCAGUGGAGAUAGUUCAAAAAUAAUCAGCAUAAUCGGUUUUCUUGGUCUUUUGCCUUUGUACGUCCUGAUAGGUGAGACAGGUGAAGAUAAAUGUGAAAUUGGUGGUGUAGAAACUCAGACAGUGGGUGAUUUGAUUGGUGAGUUCUUGGGUGAAGGAUUCAAGUCAGUUUCUAUCAGUGAAGACUGGCAGGGACUCUUCCAGGGCCGUUAAGACAGAUUUUCAACUCUGGCACCAGUGAAACUUUUGGUGCGGUGAAAUAGGAUAUCGGUUAUGAAGGUUAUUUGGAGAAGCUACGAAGUGAGAGAAGGUACUUUCUAGCUAUUUUAAACCAGUGUUUUAAAAACCAGCUGAACAAAAUGGACGAAAUGUUUUCAGUUGUAUGCACUCAUAUAUAAUAUCAUUUGAAUAUCAGUUAGUGGUUAUUCUUAUAUGAAGCUUCCUUAUGUUUAAAAGAAAUUUCUUGGCAAUAAUAAGGGACGUUAGUCUUCCCUUUUCGUUAUGGUACAACUUCCAAAGUUACUAACGGGGAGAUGCUUCCUCCCCUCAGCUCCAUUGUUUUUUUUUAUAUGGUAUAAUCUCCAGUCAUCGUGUGCGGAAGAGUCUUUCCUCUUCCCUUCACCAUAAAAAAAUUGGUUUUUUGGUGAAACUAAAAAGGUAAAUUAUGAGUUCCACUUUAUUCUGGUCGGCCUGGACAGUUCUGUCCAUGCUUGAAACAUUUCUUUUGACUGCAAAUGACAAGAGACGGGUUUUGUUCAGGUGGCUUUUGUCUUUCUUUUGGAAGGGGAUUACUUGAAAUAGAAGCAUUAUUUAAGUGAACAGGGGGAAGCAACGAUAAAUAAACUGUAAGAAAGGAGCAACAGGGGAAUCCUACUAAAAUCUAAGAAACCAGAUAAAACCGUUGCUUACUAACAAGGCUGUACUCUGGUGAGAGAUAAGCUAGAAGAAAAAUUGUUUCAUGUUCUGAUCGUGUCCAGCAGGUUAGAUUGAUGCUUAUAUGCUAUUUCUAUUCCUUCACAAGAUGGACGUAAGCACAAUUGAAGUGUCUUUUGACUUCCAUCGUGAAACUUAGACCACCUGAUGCAUGUUUCCCUGUCCGCUUGCUUCCAUUUACAUCUUCUUCUCUCCUGGUUUGCAGAGUUCUUUCCUAUGUUCCCACUCUUGACACCCCGAAUGGUCUAUGACUCUUUGGACUCUAAUUAUAUGCAUUGUUUUUCAUGCUUUUGAUAUUUAGAACAGAAAAUUUGAAGUUAUUAAUAUGUCACCUGGUGACAUCUUAUGACCAAAUAUCAAUAAAGAAUGGUUGCCUCAUACGUUGCUCUGGAGGCAUUGUGGUGGGAAAUUAUUAAUAGGUGACUCCAACGGCCAUUGAUGGAACUGUUGGUAAGUUAGAUACAAAAAUAAUAGUAGUUUUGGGAAGAGCAGCAUUGAUGUGUGCCUUGCCAUACAUUUUUGCUCUUAAUUAUGCUUUUGUGUAUUUACUUGUUGUCUUUUUUAUCCCACUCUAUGGAUUGCCGUUUUUCUGCUGGUUUUGUAUCUGCCCUUGGACCAUUUGAGGUUUGGGGUACUGUUUGUGACUCUAAGUGGAGUAUGUUGAGUCAUUAUAAUAUUCUGGCUUAAUACUUUACAGAUUUGUUUUUCCUCACCUUCAAAUCAAAAGAAGAAAUCAAAUCCAGCCAUGAAUAUGGGAUUGCCUUUAACAUACACCAUGUUCUUCUGGUAUUCAUAUAUAGGAGAUACAAACGUUAGCUCGUCUUGUAGAUCAUCGGAAGCUCGUUCAAAGAUCAGAGUUAUAGUUUGAAUGUGUUUUAUUUAUUUUCGAGUCUCGACAGAGGAUUGAUUAUCCUAACCUUAAAUAUGUUUUUUGUAUUCACUUUUUUUUUUAGUACGUUGUAUACUUGUAGUUGCAAUUUUUCAGAAAGGCGCAUUAAUUAUGUUUUGGUUUUAUCUUUAUUUCAUCGUUCUUUACUUUGAUGUAGUGUCAAUGUGAUAUGUUGGCCAAUUUUUUUUUUGCAGCAUGUGUACCAGUGCAUUCUUUCUGCACUUACGUUGGAUAUUUUUAGCCAAUAUGUUCUGUUUUCCAUGAGAUUCUGUAUUUUGUUUCUACUGGUAGUUGAUUGAAGUUUUUUAUUUCAUUGGGCUCAGGUACUUGCCUCUAGAUCACCCAAUCUUCUGGACUUCCAUGUGGAUCUCACUAGCUUGGAAGCAUCAUCAAAGGUUCUAGUCCUUUGAUUUGCUUGUUUUUUGGGCAAAAUCCUGUAGUAAUUUUUUUUUAUCUGGAUUUUUCUUCUUGUGUAGAUCCAACUGAAGCCUCUGGCUGAGGAGAUGCAAGCUAUAACCAAGGGGUUGGAGAAGGUUGAAAUUGAGCUGACAGCAUCCGAAAAUGACGGUCCUGUGUCGGAAGUGUUUUGCAGGGUAAAUCUAAACAUCCUGUUCAACCAUAUCGUAUCCUAUUGAUGUGCAUAGAACUGGUUGUUGAUAUGUAGCAUAUUGUAUCUGGUUGUAGUUAAACGUUGUAAAUAUUUUAGAAUUACUUGGACAUCUGUUGGAUGAUUAGAACGAAUGUUAAGUUUAUUCAGGCUCGUAAUUUCCAAGUUGACUAUUUUUUCUGUUUAUCUUCUAGAGCCUCUUAUUAAUGCAAUGCUUUCUGUUUUUAGAUAUAUUAUGUUUGAAUCGAACUUCCCUUACCUUGUAUAGCUGAAAUUUGUUCUAGUCCUAUAGUCAUGCUAGGAAAAUAAAUUUUGAGGCCAUUCGAGAUCUGAAAACUGUUUGGGUCGUUCACCUUCUAUCUCGGUAGGACAGCCCUUGAUCUUAUAAUGUUAAGUGCUUUUGUGAAAACCAUGGAAGGCCAUUAGUAAUCCAAAGGCAAUUGCGUAAAAGAACAUUGGAUACUUUAUUUCUACUCGAGUUGAAGAAUAUAAAAAAAAUGGAAUUAUAAACUUUUAAAAUGCCUGGCAUGCAUCCUUUACAUGUAUUUUUACCUUCUUCCAAUGUUUCCGAGGGCAGUAAUUCCUUUGUAAAGUGCAUAACAUUGUAUAUGGCUCACUUAAUGAGAUCAGAAUUCACAUUUAUGAUUUCAUGAGGCUGAAUUUAGCACUUCUGUGACAUUUUCUCGUUACACGAAAAAUAUCUAAAAUGUUAAAAGUAAAUAUUCAUAGCAUCUCAAAUGUUGUUCUUGUCAGAUGACCGCUUCGUUAUCAGAUUUAUAUUUUUUUUGUAUGGAAGGAAGUAUUUUUUUAUUCUUUAUUAUGCCGACCAAUGCAAUGCAUAAUUUCCUUUCGAGUUUUUGAUAUAAAAUCUGUUUACAUGAAAAAUACUUUGAUACUUUCAGAGAAUCAAAUUUUUUUGAAUAUUGUGUCUAAAUGCCAUUUUUUUCGUUAUCUUGAAUUUUCUUAAUUUACUUUUCUUAAAUUUUUGCCCUUGGUGCUUUUUAUUUUCUAUUUUCAUGAUCUAUCUUACAUGGAAAUAUAUUUGCUGAUUUUUCUUUUGAUCUUUUGUUUCAUUUAGACUCUCAAGGAGUUCAUAGGUGUUGCUGUUUCUGAAGUUGAAUCAUUGAAAGCUCUCUAUACCGCAGCAGUAUGCCACCUAUCUUGCUAUGUGACUAUUGAAGACAAGAUUAUCUUACAUUUGAAUGACUAUGUCAGUUUAUUUAAUGCUUUCAGGGUAGGAAUGCAGAUGCACUUGCACUCUACUUUGGAGAAGAUCCUGCUCGUUGCCCAUUUGAACAAGGUGAGCUUCAUUUUUGUUCUAUUGCUGCUGAUCACCGCUGAGAUUCUAUUGUGUUUGGUGUUAGCGCUGAUAUGAUAUCCUACGUUACUAGCUUCCCAUAUGGCAUUUACUGAUCAUAAAAUCUCUUAUUUUCUUGAACGUGACUUUUAAAGCAUAUUUGCUCUAACAUGUUUUUUCGUUUCUUUCUUUGAUGUAUAUGGUCUUCAUUUCAUGUUAGGGGUUUACAUAUUGCAAAGUUUGCAAAUUUCUGUGAGAAUCCUUUUGUGGUUGAUCCAUAUUUCAAAGGAUAAUGUAUGCCACUGCUUUAUAUUUGAAAAGGGCUAUGUUUUAUGAAAGACAUUUUCUUGAGUUAAGCAUUCAAUUGAUUGUGUCUAAAAUUGCCUUUUAUUGAAGCGAAUGUGCCUUGGUUGUUCAGUUCAAAAUACGUUGAGUUGGUUUUCACGCACCAUGCACGAUAAUGGUUGGUAGUUGCCAUUAUCUCGCUAGACCUAAACAUGCUCAGGGGCAAUUGGUUGUUGUGAUUUUGAAAAGAACUUUUCAAAGGCUGACAAUUCGCAGGGGCAAGGGACUAUUGGUGAAAUAAAUGACGAUGCUUAUGAAUCGGAGCGUCCCUUGCUGUUAGGUUGAGUCCAGAGUCAAGGAUGUUGGAACCAAAUCUUGUUUCUAAAAUUUUUCUCAAGAAGAUGCUAACUGUACACAAAAAUCAUGAUAUUCUCCGCUGGUAGAAAUAAUGUCGCGAGGAUCUUUCCCGUUAGUCAGCUUGCAAGACGAUGCCCACAUCUUCAGAGAGCAGAGAGGAACAAACAUAAGGUACCCUGCGUGAAAUAGUCUGAGUUUAUAGAAGAAUAGUUGAGCUGGUAUACUUGCCUUGUCGUCAAGAAACUCUCCUAUCUUUUUAGAUCUUCUCAUUAAGGAAGCAUUCCCAUCCCUGAGAAGGGCCCUUGCUUAUGGUGGAGAGGAAUGAAUGGAAACAUGCCUGGUUCUUCAUCUUCGGUUCCCGGCAAACUUGGUGAGGAGAGUGGCACUCUAUCGGAGUGGGAGUGUAGUCUCCUCUUGUUCACACCUCUAGCUUCGACCUCUUCCUUCUACCACAAAAUGGCUGCUGCCACUCGUUUUCAAUUGGUCAAGCCCAUGCGGUUGUAGAAGAAGCUAUCAUUUGGACAGCUUAGUUGACGGAGGGUGAAACCAAAUGAAGUUAGAUACUUGUGUUCUAACUUGGACAUCUCUAACUAAAUGAAACCAAAUAAAGCGAAUCAACAUCAGAAUUGCAGGGUUCAGAUACAAACUCUUACGUGCACGGGUGGAAACAGCCAGGUUCUACUGUUCAAUCCAGUAUUAGUACAAGAGAACGAUAUUUGUGUUCUCCCCAGACUCGAAAUUUUCUAUUGUACAAAGUUCUCUCGAAAAGCUAACUCCACUGCGUGAUAUAAACGGUGGUUUCGAAAAUGAGUCCUUGUUGGUUUGACUAACCAGGUUGUGCGACAACUCCCACAAGCAAUGGAAACCCUCGUUGGUUUCCAAUUUGAACCCUCUGACCAUCUUUGGACGCAAAAGCUUCAUUUGAAUCUUACAGAUGGGGCCACUGUUUGAGUCAGUUACGGAUUUGGGUCUACAAAUCUAUAGCAAUUCGCCCUCCAGACUACAAAACUGGGAUUUAAGUUACAAGCUGAUAAGCGGACGUCAUAAUCUAAAUUAUAAAUCCCCAACUUCUGGCUCCACUUGCUGGAAAUCUGUAUUGAAAGAUGAAUGGACUGUUCUUUUGGAUCAAGCAUAGUGGGCUCAUUGAAUGUAGCAUCACAAACAAUCAUAACCUUAGUUGACUCAGGAUUUGCACGCGACAAUAUAUAUAUCUUCACACAAGAAGGAUCUUUAAGAAAGAUGGAUUUCUUGGCUUUCGACAAUAAGUUGCCUUCAUCAACGUUUACACAUGCAGGAUAUGAAAACUUUCAGACUUGAGAAAUUAAGAGAACCAGAUCACGCCUCAUCUUACCAAACGUCAUUUCAGUAGCAUGCAUCGGAUAAUAUCUAACAAGCUCUCUUUGAGGUUUCUGUCCCAAUCCCUGUGACUUUGUUUUGAUGCGGAGCAUUCAACACUAUAGUCGGGUACCAGAAGACCAAGGCAUAUUGGGCUGGGGUAAAUGAUAUAGACGGGUAUGAGAAUUCAGGGAACAGAUGUUUGCCUGUUGGUCAGAAUAUAGGCAAGAAGGAUUUCUAUGAUUACUGUGUUUUUGAAAAGUAGAAGAGUAGCUUCCACAAUGGAGUGCACAUAACCCAAGGCAAUUUAUAUUUCAUCCAUUCAGACAUUAGGAGUUCAUCUCAAGAAUAAUUAAAAAAAAUGGAUCCCGGCACAUAUUGGCUUUCAUUAAUGAUUAUUGCAGAAAGACCUGAGUUUUUGUGUGGAAGAAUAAACAUGAAGUGCUUAAACACUUUAAGCAAUGAAAGACAAUGAUUGCGUACCAGACCAGGCCGAAAAUUAAAACGUUGAGGAUGGACUAUGGGCUGGCGUUUUGAUCCUCAGGUUUGGUGAGUUUUGAAGAACUGAAGCCAUUGUGGUAUCUGGUAGUUUAUGGAAGUUACCUUAUCUUCUGUGCUUUAUCACAACAAGAGCGCCUCUUAAACCCUCAAAGCUCUGCUGCCUGUUGUGUGCACACGUAUAAGCAACAUUGCCUAAGGAAAUGAGGCUUUACUUCAAGUCAUGCUCAUCUUUGACGCUUCAGAAAGUUUCCACAUUGUCAUCAUGGAUCUCAUCUCGGAUUGUGGGGUCUGAAAUGGCCUCUUGCUUUUGCGAAAUUUUUACUUUAUAUUUUGGUACAGUUAUCAAUUUCUUUCCCUGAAAUUCCUUAUAGGACUAGUAUCAAUUCCUUGUCUGCCAACUUCUUAGAGUGUUAGGAUCCCUGAACAUCUUUCAUAGAGAUCGUAUCUCUACCAUGUAUCAAUCUAGGUCUCUCUGAAAUGUCUGAAGGAUGGUCGUGGGGAGCACAUUUGUAGGAGAGCUUGAUCCUUAUUAUCUUGAGAUCAAUUUUGUCUAGAUUUUUGAGAUUAAUUGAAUUCACCAAGAUCGAUUUCGGAAAUGUAACUUCAACCAUCCUCAACAUGAAUAGGCACAUCUUCAAGUGCUUCUUCAUCCUGAGGUAUCUCGUUUAGUUUCAUGACUCCAAUCUGAGUCAUAAGCCCGCUACUGUCCUCUCAUGAAUGCUUGAUCCUGAGGUAUCUAGUUUAGCUUGAUCCUUAUCAUCUUGAGAUCGGUCUUGACUAGAUUUUUUGGACUAAUUAAAUUCACCAAGGUCGGAUUUAGGAAAUGUAACUUCAACAUCCUCAACAUGAAUAGGUAAAUAUUCAAGUGCUUCUUUAUCCUGAGGUAUCUGGCUUUAGUUUCAUGACUCCAAUUUGAGUCAUAAGCCCGCUACUGUCCUCUCAUGAAUGCCCUUCCGCAAAACUUUGUUUGAUAAAUACAACUACAUAGGUGUCAUUGCCCCUCGUCUAGCCACCUUUCUUCUUCAGUCAUGGAAUUUGGUGUCUUUCCUUUUCCCAAAAACUGAAACUAGCAGUGGAUCGAACUUCUGUCUUGAACUACCUUGAUUUUAUCACGCUCUUUGCGCUCCACAUUCUGGUUUGGUACCACCUUCAGUUGUUGAUUUUCGCGGUUGAAUGAGUACUCUAUAUCUAUUCACCAAUCCUCGGAUCUUUUCCUACAAAUCUUUUACUACAAUGUAUCUGUCUCAUGGAUCAUCUACCCAAAAGCAUCAACUGGAAUUUGGCAUUAACUGGUAAUGGAAGUAAUGCUGCAGACAUCCUCUACAAGUGAGCUUCUUAGAAACCGAAGAUGAUGUAGGCCAAGCUUCUUUCCCUAUCUUCUCUCUGUUUUUUAGUUUUCCUCGAUCUAUCAUUAAUCCCUCUCGUCACGAGGUCCAGAAAGGUACAGUUCAUUCGUAAUUAUGGUAUCAUCAAUCAGGAUCAACCCUCCUCGUGUGAUUUCUUGACCUAAAAAAUCUCCCUUAGGCAUUCUAGUCGCCAGUUAUUUUAAUGUGAUUGCUGUUGUGGUUUUCCACUUCCUCUCACGCUGAAAAACAACCUGCAGUUGUAGCUACGCUGUUGAAUUUCGUCCGGAUGUUCAAGAAAGCACACGAGGAGAACUGCAAGCAGGCAGAACUGGAGAGGAAAAAAGCUCAGAAAGAGGAAGAAAUGAACAAGUCGAAGGCAGAAAAUCCCCCUAGAAAAAGAGCCAGACAACCUUUGUAG